UUUCUUUUCAAAUAGUUCAUCGAACUAUAAUUUGUUGAAGGAUUUAAUUCAGGUCUAAAAGAAGGAGCAGCGUUGGAGGUGUCUCAGAACUUUGGGUCAUACUUUCAGGCGCACCGAGAUGAUACAAAUGCUCCUACUCUUACUCAUCAACUUUUCAUUCGAGAUCAAUCUCGAGUGAACUUAAUUCACUCGAGGCGUAAGCAAAAGUUGGUCUCCAAUUCUUCGAGAGUCACCCUCCCUGUCAACUCUGGAUUACUAUCAAUGGGAAUAGUUGAGUACGUUGUGACUGUAGCUCUCGGAACUCCAGAAAAAAAAGUCACAUUCGUGAUGGACACUGGUAGUGAUUUUAGUUGGAUUCAAUGCUUGCCAUGCCAGUGGAGCUGUUAUGAACAAAUGGAACCAAUCUUCAAUCCUUCUAAGUCCUCAUCUUAUACAAACAUUUCUUGCAACUCAUCAUUGUGCAAGUUAUCUGAUGAUUUUGGGUGCUACCAAGAGACUUCAACUUGCAGUUAUAGCAUUUCUUAUGGUGAUGGGUCCCGUACAGUUGGAUUUGUCUCGGAAGAUAAGCUAACACUGACGAACUCUAAUGUGAUUAGCAAGUUUCUAUUCGGAUGUGGCCAGAACAACACUGGAAUAUUGCUGGGAACAGCUGGGAUACUUGGACUCGGUUUAAGUAAGACAUCUGUAAUGUCACAAAUUACUCCAAAAUACGAGAAGGCUUUCUCGUAUUGUCUUCCAUCUUCACUUUGCUUUACAGGCCAUCUCACCUUGGGAAACGAUAGCCUUAUUGGUCGGAAUACUAGUUCAAUACAAUUCACACCCUUGUUUUAUAGUAAUGAUCUGCCAUAUUACUUUGCUGACUUGAUAGCCAUGAGUGUUGGAGGAAAAAAACUACCAGUGGAUGAAUCGGUGUUUACGAGGCCAGGCACAAUUAUUGACUCUGGAACUGUCCUCAGUCGUAUACCACCAACAGCUUAUGUUGCCCUUCAAUCAGCUUUCCAAUACCAAAUGGCAAAAUAUCCAAGGACUUGUCAAAUUGAAGGACUUGAUCCGUGUUAUGACCUUAGUAACAACACGUAUGUGAUGAUACCCAAGAUUAGUCUAUUCUUUCGAGGCAAUGUUGAAUUGGACAUCGACGCCUCAGGAACCUUACUUGGGUUUAAUGAGUCAUGUAUAUGCCUAGCUUUUAUGGGAAACAGAGACCCCACAUAUGUAAGCAUCAUUUUGAAUUUUCAGCUAAAAACGUAUGAUGUAAUCCAUGAUAUUGAAGGGAAGAAAGUUGGGUUCGGCAAGGGUGGUUGCCUUUAAUUAAGUUACUAAGUUACUAAGUUAUGUUGAGAUAAGCUACUACAAAAAUGGUGGUUAAUUAAGAAGGAUUCAUUUUCA